ACGACCCGUCUACACUAAACGAGAACAACGCACUUCGCCUUCCCCCAUCUCCAUCCAGCACCGCCCGCUUCCCCUCUCUACUUCAAGUGCAUUGUGGGCGCCAGAUCGGUAGUCGCCAACCCCACGCGACGCUCCAUCUGUCUCCAUAUCUUUAAUUCCGCGUCCCUACCAGGUCCUUUGCCUCGUACCUUGUCGACAUUGCGCUUCAGGAAAACAGCCCCACGGAUCCAGAAACCUCGAACCGCCCGUCAUGUCUGAGGGAGCAACGGGUGACGAUGCCGUGUCGCAAACGGCCGGCACGCCCUUGACGGGCGCUGAUGAUGGCGCGACGAAUGCGCCUGAUGAUGCUGGAGACGUCGCCAUGGGUGACGACGCAGAAGACACACCAGGAGUCUCGAUCAAGCAGUCUUCGAGAGGAGGUUCUGCCGCACCGGCAUCAGACAAUCCGCUGGACGCUCCCGCUGCGCCGGUUCACGAGACGGAAGAUGCAGACGGCGCUGAGGACACCGAGAUGGCGGGUACAGACCACAAAGACGGCAACGCGCCAAAUGCAAAAUCGUCCAUAGAGUCGGCGGCGCGCGCAAAUCUCAUCGCACAAACUCACGUUAUCAUCCUACCUAGCUACAGCACUUGGUUUGACAUGAACGAAAUACACUCAAUCGAACGCAAGUCGUUGCCUGAAUGGUUCAAUGGCCGCAAUCGUAGCAAGACACCACAAACGUACAAGGAGUGCAGAGACUUCAUGAUCAACACGUACAGACUGAACCCAACCGAGUACUUGACCUUCACAGCUUGUAGAAGAAAUCUCUGCGGCGACGUGUGCGCCAUAAUGCGUGUGCAUCAAUUCCUCGAGACAUGGGGUCUUAUCAACUAUCAGGUCGACCCAGAAACAAGGCCAUCAACAAUUGGCCCUCCAAGCACAGGUCAUUUCAGAAUCACAGCAGACACGCCUCGCGGCCUGCAGCCGUUUCAGCCCGCCCCUUACUCUGUCAAAUCAGGAGAAGGUAAACCCCUCGCGGCUACAGACCGCGCUGCGAGCGCAGCGCCUCUAAGCAAGAAGGACCUCAUCCACGAAGGUGCGCGCAACGUGUACGAGCAAAACGGCAAGGAAGCAACGCCAGCGGAAUCGAAAGAAGCAAAUGGUGACGCAAACGGCUCCGCGUCGACCGCCAAACUCGAGGACAGACUCAAAGAGCCUCCAGUACGACAUUUCUGCCACGUUUGCAGCUCCGACUGCACCGCUAUCCGCUAUCACCACAGCAGAGUCGGAGCCGCACCUACAGGCGCACCCAAGGCAGGCAAACCCGAGAAUACCGAUCUGGACAUAUGCCCGAACUGCUUCUUGGAGAACAAGUUUCCAGAGAACCUGAAACGCUCGGACUUCCAGCCUGUAGAGGGGAAUCCCUUCCCCGUAAUCGCUGAUAAGGAGGCACCAUGGACCGAGACAGAGGAGCUCUUGCUCCUUGAAGGCCUGGAAAUGUUCGACGAUGACUGGAACAAGAUUUCAGACCACGUUGGGAGCCGCACGCGCGAGGAGUGCGUGCUCAAGUUUCUACAACUUGAGAUCGAGGACAAGUACCUCGAACCGGAUCCAGUACCAAACCCGGUCGUGGAGGGCGUAAAGCAAAACGGCAUGUUGGGUUAUCUUGCCGGCGGACGCGUGCCCUUCAGCCAGGCAGACAAUCCUGUCCUGUCGACAAUGAGUUAUCUCGUCGGCCUAGCGGACCCAGCUACGACCGCUGCUGCCGCUGGCAAGGCUGUUGAAGAAGUACGCAGAAUUAUGCGUGCCAGGCUCGAGAAGGCAGGCGCCAGCAGCGCUGACAAGGGCAAAGAGAAGGAAGGGGGUGAGACGGUCAAGGCUGAAGGCACUACGGACAUGGACGUUGAUGCUGCAUCCCCACAGGCCACUGACGACAACGCUGUCUCAGUCCGGGACAAGGACGCGAAGGGCAACCCGAUGACCACACUGCCUUUUGCCCUAUCAGCGGCUCGCGCGGCGGGCCUGGCUUCACAUGAGGAGCGCACGCUCACCCGACUUGUGCACACGGCGACAAACCUGCAGAUGGAAAAACUUGAGCUCAAAUUGCGGCAGUUCAACGAACUAGAGGCGAUGCUUGCCGCGGAGCGACGCGAUCUCGAGAGACGGCGUCAGCAGCUGUUCCUAGACCGAUUGCAGUUUCAGCGCCGGGUCAUGGAGAUCGAGGAGGUGUUUUCGCGCGCGUGUUCCUUGAGCAGUCCGCAGGAGGGCAUGAAGAUGGUCAAAGAAGCACUUGGUGCCGGCAGCGAUCCCUUAGUGGUCAAAAAAGUUGGCGGGGAUGGAGGCGAGGUCAUGCCGGUGGAGGGUAAGAGCUUUGAGAUCUGAGAGGUGCGAAGUGACGUGAAUUGAAAUGGCUUUUUUUCUUACAUGGUUGGUCUGGAUUUGGAAUGGGCAGGGCGCGUAGCUUUCAACGUUAUUAAGUUUAUGCGCGAGUGGAUGUAUGCUUGUGAUUAUGUAUCAUAUAUACCUGCGAUUGCGCGCCAGAGAGCACGCAUCAAGGUGACAGCGUCCAUCUGUAGGUCUACACUGUGGGAUUGAGCAACUUGCUGGCUCUCGUGCGAAUUAGACGUACCAAGACGGGCCUGAGAAAGAAAAUGUUAACUAGUAUUUUAGUUGAGAGUCCCUUUUGAUCC